AUGUCACUAUUUUCUAAAAGAGCAUAUAGAGCAAUUAAGACAAUUCUGGUGUCUCCGCAAGCAGAAAUACUUACCUUACUUAUUCGGAUUAUCUCAAUUUUGAUUCUGUUAUAUUUAGAUACCCUUAAUGAUUUAAGCAACAAUAUUCAAUAUCAAAUAAUAUCUCAGGAUUAAUAAAAAUCAUCAUUAGAUAGAUUAAAUUAGAAAUUGAUAUCUCAUUAAUUUUAUAAGGACAAAUUGCAAAAUGCUAGUUUACAUGUUUUAAAAGAGAAUUUUUGGGAGUUAUUUGUUGAUCCCAAUGAAUUUGAAAUACUCUUAUCUGGAUUUAGAUUAGUCUAAUAUUAAAUAGCUUAUUCAGUGGAUUGUCAUUAUGAUGUGUCUAAAUUAGAAACUGAUAUUUCAGAAUAAUAAAAGUUUAUUGAUAGUUUGUCGAGCAAUUGUAAUCCUGCGGAUAGUGAUACUCUUUCAUCGUUAUAACCCUCAUUAUUUAUAUGCAACAGCACAAAACUAUGUUUAUAUUCAACAGACUGCAUUGAAUUUUCAUUGAGAGAUGUAUUCAAAAAUAGUUAUGAGGGGAUUCUAAAGAAAUAUUCAGAAAAUUAAAUAAAGACCAGACAAUUUGGGACAUAUCCGAAUAGUGCAUUUAUUGCUGAUAUCAAAUUCAAUGAUCGUUCAGAAAUGGAAGAAAUGAUUGAUAAAUUAAUACGGAAUGAUUGGAUUACAAAUAAUACAAUUGCUAUUGUUGUUUAGUUUAAUAGGAUUAAUAAAUAUAAUAAUGUAAUCUAUUAGAAUACUUUUGUUCAAUAAUUUCAUGAAACUAAAGAAUAAACUUUUGAGUAUUAAAUUAAUUAAAUAAAUACUAAUUCGAUGAACUCCUCAACAUGGUAUUCUUUUUCAAUCAUUUUAAUUGUGUUUAAUUUCUUUUUUAUCAUGAAAAUAAUAUUUGAAGGGUCAAUAGAUCCAAGAGCUACUUAAUUGUUAGUGUUUUUGGUCUCUAUUUUAGAAUCAGCCUUUUCAGUUAUAUGUACACUUGAGUCUGCUGUUUUAAAUAGCGAUAUCCAAGAAGCUUUGAAUGAUUAAAAUUGUUUGUAAAACAAAGCAGUUAGUAUUUGGAACAAUGGAUUCCCAAUGCUCUCCACUUGUCAUAAUUACAUCUUGUUAGAUGCUACAUAUUAAAUUUAACAAAUACGAAUCAUUUUUUUGGCAUUUGUCUUAUUGUUCAUCCCAUUUAACGUAUUUUGGAUAUUAAGCUAUUUAAAUGGAACUGAAUUGAUAGUUAAAUUUAUUAAUUUAAUAUACAGAACUACAAUUCAUUUUUUAAAAAUGUUUUUCAUUCGAGUUGCACAAUAUGUGACUUGGUCUCUAGCCUUUUAUAUAGCAUUUCGCAAAAACUUUGAGAGUUAUGACUCAUAUGCUAGUUCACUUUAUUGCAUGAUAAUUUGGUCUAUUCCAACCUAAGAAAAUGAGUGGGAAAGAGGUGCCAUGAACACUGGUCAAAUAACAAAUGCCCUAUUAGUAGUUCUAUUUAUGGUUUGUCGAAUUUACGUUUUUCUAAUGAUUCUAAGCUUUACUUCUAUAUCAAUCUAAUCAGCUAGUGACUUUGAAUUCGAUAUACGAUCUCCAUCUGCAAUUCAGAAUUUAGAAAAUAUUCAUCAAAAUAUAAAAAAGUUGGAUAAAUUUUAAAAGAAUUACUUAAGUGAUCAUGAGUAGAAUAAAUUAGAAAAUGGAAAAUUAGUGGCCUGGCUUAAUUUAAAUAUUAAAGAUUUAAUUUAGUAUUAAUAAAUUAUUUAGGAGUGUAUUCAAAAAUAAGUGAAAUUGUAAUAGUUUUAGAAUAUAUCUGAUUUAUCAUAGUUUGUUAGUUUCUUGUUUUAAAUAAAGCCUUAAUUACUUUUUAAGUCUCAAGUGUAUUUUAGAAUUAUCUUAGAUUUAGAGCCAAUGGAUUAGACCUAAAAUAAUUAACCACUCUAUUUAAGAAAGGAAGAGCGUCAAAAUGAAUAUAUAAAUUUGGUCAGGUUUUUCUAAAGAUUAAAAGAUAAGGGUUCUAGGGUUCCUCUAUUAAUAAAUUAUAGUUAAAAGAAUAGACCAGCUGAUAACAUAAUAAUUACAUUUUUUAAAAUUUAUCCUUAUAUCCAUCUAAAUAGUGGAAAUUACGAUUUAUUUAAAGAAUUUAUUCUCAGUAAGGAUGUUAGACAGUGGCAGAAAAGAGUUUAUAUAAGAGAUGAGGAGAACCAAGAUUUUGAUGAGGAAGAAAGUGAUGCUAAUUAAAUUAAUUGA